UUCUGUAUCACUCUUCUAGGAUGGCAGAGGCUGAACUGCAGAAGCAAAGACUCCAAGCCAUAGCAGAGAAAAGGCGGAGACAGGCAGAAAUAGAAGACAAGAGGCACCAGCUCGAAGAUAAAAUACUUCAGCUGCAGCACCAUAAGUCCAAAGCCACGCGAGAGAGAUGGCUGCUGCAAGGGAUCCCUGCUGUGUCCGCUGAAGAGGAAGAUGCCAGAAGCAAGCAGCUCCAAUCAGACGAGAGCAAGGCAAAAAAACUGGAGGAAGCCAUUAGCAGACUCGAGGUGGAAAUAGAACAACUAGAGAGUGAAGAAUCCCAAAUCGCUGCCAAAGAGCAAUUCCUUCGGGAAAAGCUACGGGAAGCUGAGAAAUCUAUCGAGGACUUGCAGAAGGGUUUCUCCAAUCCUGAUGGAGCAAUGUAUGCCAUGGAGGUCAAUGUACAGAAGGACAAACUGACAGGAGAAACCAAGAUCCUCUCCACAGCUCCCUUGACUACUGAGGGAUUUCAUCAGAGAGGGGUUGCGAUGUUUGAUAAUGGAAGCAAAGUUGUGUACGAGGUAUGUUCUGGAAGUGCAGUGGUGGAGAAUGGAGUGCAUCACCUGACUACAUCGGAAGUAGAUCAGUUAAAACACAGAGCGGGGAGAAAAAAUGUGAGUGGCAACAAAUGUUUGCCAGAAUCACUGACUGUAUCGAAGAGUAGUGCAUCCCCUGACAACACCAGGAGUCCCGGAGAUAGUGGACUUAAGAAAGAUAUGAUCCACAAGGAAGCUAAAUUGGAAAUGGUCCCUAAAGCGCAUCACGCGGGGAAAGCAAUCCAUCAGAUUCCAACUGGAGAGGCUCCUAAGGCCAGUGCUGAGCAUCCAGUGACGAUGAUCUUCAUGGGCUAUCAGAAUGUGGAGGAUGAGGAGGAAACAAACAAACUGCUGGGCUACGAGGGCGCCAUCCAAGCAGAGCUGGUGCUGAUCGACGAAGAUGAUGAGAAGUCACUGCGAGAGAAGACGGUGACAGACGUCUCUACAAUAGAUGGCAAUGCAGCCGAACUGGUGGCUGGCAAGUCCAUGACCGAGGCUUCAGAGACACUCUCAGCGGAGGAGAAUGAAGGGACAGACACUGGAACAGAGCCAGCCACAGGUACAGACAAGAAAAAGCAUUGUAAGUGCUGUACUGUCAUGUGACCACCUCUCUAGCCUUUACAGUCACACUAUCUCUUAUCGACUUUAACCUCGUUUUACUGAUCACACUGCCAGUAUGUGAACUGGGAGGAGCUGUCUCCUCUCUCCUCCCUUACUUCACUAUAAAUUCUUUGUUUAAUGUUCGACUAACCAUAGCAUAACCACCACCCAGGCCAGCAUUACUAUUUUGAGACUUAGAAAGAGUUUUACUACACAGAAAUAGGCCAUUCAGCCCAACUGGUCCAUUCUGGUGUUUAUGCCCCACCCAAGUCUCCUCUCACUUCAUCUAAUCUUACCUACCAGAUCUUCUAUUCCUUUCUCUCUCUGCAUUUAAGUCUCCCUUUUUGCCUCAACUAUUCCAUGUGGUAGCAAACGUACAUUCUAAACACUCCAGGUAACAUUGCUCCACUUAAUGACUUUAUCGGACUUAUUUGUGACCGUCCUAUAUUUAUAGCCCUUAUUUCUUUGAUAACGGAACAUGACUUCAGCGAUGCAAAGUAUGAGAAUUUGAGAGUUGCCAAUGACAAGGACAGAAGUGCAAUAGCCCGUCAGCUGUGUUCCUGCAUCAUGAUAAGAC